GACAGGGCGGGGUUACCUGUGUAAAAGGGAGGGGUAACUGCAGUGAUUGAUGGGGCGUUAGAGCCAUUUCGCAAACUCCCACUGCGGGCGCUAAUGCCGUUACCGCUUGCAGGCGCCGUGUGGGUGUUAGUGCAAUGUGAACUAUUUGCAGAGUUUGGCUUUAUUACGAUCGCAACUUUUUAAAGUUCGUUUCGUUGGAUUUUGCGUUUUUUCUCUCUCAUCGUUGAUGCAACAGGUCACCAUGCAGCAAGAUUUCAGGAGAAUUGCGAUAAGAAAAAAGACCACCACGCUCCCCAUUCAGAAGACGUUUGUUGAAACGGAUGCACAUCGGACAGUAUCCUGACAAGAUGCAUGACGACCUGGUAUGGAAGCACCAGUGCCCAAGAAUGGCAAAUCAAUAAAAAGUGAUGGAUCACCACUUUCCAGUUCAUCACAGGAAAGGCCCACCCCACCAUUGAACACAUCUAACAGGAGUACUACCAAAAGAAACCAAUUGCAUCAUCAGGGACCCCCACCAUCCAGCCAAAAGUGUCAACCACUUGAAGGUUUCUGCAUCAGACCGUAGGUCCAGUCUACCAAAUCCUUCUAAGCCAAUUGUAAGAACUUUCAGGAGUACAGCAAGAAAUGAUGCUCAGGACAUAAAUGGGAGAAAUACCCCAAUCACAGUCAAAUCAUACGCAAGUCCAAAGCCUCAAGUGCCUCGAAAACCUUUACAUCUUCAAAGUUCUACAGUACAACAAGCAAGUCAAAAUCCAAACAACAAGGCAUUACACGGUGAGAAAGCAAGGAUGGAUGCCAUAUCACCCAGCCCGUGCAAAGAGAAAGUUGGCAAAGUGUCCGAUCUCAUAAACCGGUUUCAAGGAAGCAGUCCAGCGAGCCCUAAUGAUUUGAAGGAUGUUCAAAGUGGGUCACCUUCUCCUAGAAAUCCUGCAAGAUCUUUGAUUAAUUCUCAUCAGACGAAACUGCUGUCGGACCACCCUCUUCUUCAACGACAGAGGACAGACACUGUGAAAGCAAACUGUGCUGCAGAAUUUGCUUCAAAUGCAGGGCUUCAGCCAGCCAAUGGGCUGGUGACAUCACUUCCAGCAGAUUGCACUGAAACCAGCAGUCGUACAGUGGGUUCAGUGAUGGACAAUGAAGAACCAAACACAGAACAAGCUGCUGCCUCGAAUCAGGCACCACCUACAGAUGGCCACACAAGAACGGAUGACCAACCUGCUGCCUCAGACCCACUUGGGGAACAAAGAGAGGUGUUUGAAGUAAAAGCACAGAUCACUGAGCAAGCAAAGGUUUGGAAUGGAGAAAUACAAACAAGUGAAAAUGACUUGAGUGCAGAAAAGAAGGAAACGAAUGAAGAAAAGAUGUAUAAAAUAGCUAAUGAGCUGUUGCUGACAGAAAGAGCCUACGUAAACAGACUUCAUCUAUUAGAUCAGGUUUUCUGUACCAAAUUGUUGGAGGAAGCCAAUAGCAAGGGUUCCUUUCCUGCAGAGGUAGUCAACAAAAUCUUCUCCAACAUUUCAUCCAUUUAUGCCUUCCACAGUCAAUUUCUGCUGCCAGAGCUGGAAACUCGCAUGAAUCUUUGGAAUACAACACCACAAAUAGGGGAUAUUUUGCAGAAGUUGGCUCCAUUCCUGAAGAUGUACGGCGAGUAUGUGAAAAACUUUGAAAAGGCCAUGGCGCUGCUGAAAACAUGGAUGGGCAGGUCACUGCAGUUCAAAGCUAUUGUUGAAGACAUUCAGAAACAAGAAGUCUGUGGCUCCCUCACGAUACAACAUCAUAUGUUAGAACCUGUGCAACGAAUUCCUCGUUAUGAGCUGCUCCUCAAGGAUUAUUUGAAGAAACUACCACAGGACUCCAUAGAUAGGAAAGAUGCUGAGAAGUCCCUUGAAAUUAUCUCCACUGCUGCCACCCACUCAAACGCAGCAAUCCGCAUGAUGGAAAACAUGAAGAAGUUGAUGGACGUUUAUGAAAUGUUAGGAGGUGAAGAGGAAGAUAUUGUUAAUCCAUCAAAUGAACUAAUAAAAGAGGGACAAAUCCUUAAACUGGCUGCUCGCAACACUUCCUCACAGGAAAGAUAUCUUUUCUUGUUAAACAACAUGUUGCUGUACUGUGUUCCAAAGUUCAGUUUGGUAUUUACAAGAUAUUCUGUUCGAACAAAAAUUGGAAUUGAAGGCAUGAAGGUCAUUGAAACCCAUAACAAAGACUACCCAAACACCUUCCAAGUCUCUGGGAAAGAACGAACAUUAGAGUUGCAGGCUAGCUCUGACCAAGACAAGGAAGAAUGGAUAAAGGCUCUAAAAUGUACAAUACAAGAGUUUAAUCAGAAGAAUGAAACUUUCAGAUCUGCAAUAGCUAAAGAAGGGGAGGAACAGGCUCCUGAAGUUUCAACAGCAGAACUGGGAAUGAGGGCACCAAGAUGGAUACGUGACAAUGAAGUUACUUUGUGCAUGAAAUGUAAGGAACCCUUCAAUGCACUAACCAGGCGAAGACAUCACUGUCGUGCAUGUGGAUGUGUUGUAUGUUGGAAGUGUUCUGAUUAUAAAGCAAACCUUGCCUAUGACAGCAACAAACCCAACAAAGUAUGUAAGGACUGUUAUGUCAUAAUAACUGGACAAACUGACAGCGAAGAGAAGGAGGAUAAAAAAAAGAAAGGAAUCCUUGAGAUUGAUGCUGCUGAAGUAUCAGAAAACUGUAUCAUCUGCAACUUCCUUCAGUACCUGGAGAAACCUGCCAAACCGUGGCAGAAAGUGUGGUGUGUCAUUCCCAAAAAUGAAGGAUUGGUUCUGUACAUGUAUGGAGCACCCCAGGAUGUGAAGGCACUAGCCACAAUUCCUCUUCUUGGCUACACGAUAGAAGAAAAUCCGCGAGGCGUGGAUGGGUCUCAUGUGUUCAGGCUUAAACAGUCAAGGUUCAUCCAUACUUUUGCUGCAGACUCUGAUGAUCAGAAACAAAAAUGGCUAAAAGUAAUCAGCAUGGCUGUAAAGGGGGAAACGCCCACUGACAAUGAUGACUUCAGUAGCGAUGAGGCCUCUACCUCUUGACUCAGCAUUCAGUCUGAGGCGGGUAAAAUACCAACAGCUGAUGCAGAAAAUCCAAAGCCACUUAAAGGAUGAUUUCUAAAGCAUGUGUAGUGUUUUAUGUGGGGAAAAAAUUUAAAUCUUCUUCAAAUGAAAUGUCUGUAUACACUGUUUCUUGACCUUUCAUCCUUGAAUAAUCCAACAGGAAUCAACAUCUGCAUUUGUUCAGUCACUUUUGUGAUUAUUCUCACCAGGUCUCUUGAAUGUCUAGAUUAUCCACAAACACAGUCCAGCAUGAACUUACAGCAUUUAAGAAAACACUGGACAAUUAAAUAAGCUCUAACUUAUGGUGAUGUCAUACUUUCUGUCUUUUUGGCUGCUUUUUAUUCAAGCAGUAAAUUUAAUGUGGUGCACAUAAUGCAUCUGUAGAAUGGGAACUUAUGAACUGUGAUGGUGUGAUCCAGAGCUCAGAUAUCCAGACUGCUUUCUCUACGAAAGAACGAACCUAAGGUUUUUUUUGUUUGUUUAAGAUCAUUAAUUUCUGUAUUUGAAAUUGAUUUGUCUGACGUGCUUGUGUGUUGAGCAGUGGCAAAGAAAUGAUAUUGUAUUAUUGUAUUUAUUAAAGUGGCCGUAUCCUUUUAUUGCCUCACCUCUGUAGCAGGUGCAGGCUAACGUAGGGUACCAGAGGUACAUGUGCAUAUAAAGUGGUUAGUGAUUAAGCUUCCUAAACUAGUCAAAGUAUCCUACAACCAUUAAACAGUGAUAAUUUUGCUGCACUACAAAUGAUAGGAAUCAGCAUUGAUGAAAUCUCUUAACUCUUAAGGUUAAUCUCUUAACUCGUAAGAGAUUUCGGUGGGAACUCUGUGCUCUUGGCUGAGCCAUUUCUCAACCAGAGAUGAAAUUGACAAUCAAAAAAGGCAGGAAUGUCCUAAUCUUUAUAAUUGUGUUCAGCAGUGCUAUUACCUUUGUCCUGGGGGGAGAUUAUUCUGUCAUUCUCUCAGACUGUAAACAGUAUUUGGUGACAAAAGAGGGUUACCCCAUAAAUUGAGAAGAAAGAAAAUAAUCUGUAAAAAUCAAGGAAAUAAAUAUGAAAUAAACAUAUUGGGCACCAAAAUAUUUAUAUUUAACAAGAUAUACACUUUAACCUGGACCAAUUAGUCAAAGGCUCAAUAACACACUAAGAGUCAGAUAUUAGCAUUGAGUAUAAUCUAAAUAAGUCUAACAAAAUAAUUUAAACUCAUUACUGCCUUUAAGUCCUGUUAUCUUGUGUGUAAAUAUGUACAGUAUAUGGAAAAACAAGUCAUUCUCCUAGCUUGCAAAUAUUUCUAUAGAAUGAUGAGAUCAAUUUGAUUUAAAUUUUCUGAUGCAAAGUAACAAUGGCCUCUCACAGAAUGUGAUUGAGAAAAUGAGCAGCUGAAGAGAAAAGAUAAAUUGCUGAUUUUUAAUUACUUUACAGUGUGAAUCUAUUUAUCUCGAUUGUUUAACAGACUUUGCUACCUAUUCAUCAUUAACAGUAACAUAUAAUAUUAGGUGUCACUGUUUGUCCUGCUUGGACAAUCGUUGGAAAAAUUGGCUCCUGCGAUCCAGUCCACUGAUCAGAGAUAUCUUGUCAAGUACAAGCGCCAGUUUUGCAAGUAUUGUUUUAUUGUUCACAUUCGAAAGUGAUCUGAAACAGGAACAGUCUUAACUUUAAUUCAAGUGAACUGUAACAUUUGAAAAUUUUUUAUGUGUCUGAAUAUUAAAGGUUCUAUUCAUUUGUACAUGAGAAAAUGAAAACCAAACAAGAUACUACUAUUAAUCAUUUUAAUAGUAUUUGACACCAUUCAAAUAGUAUCUUAUAGGCAGGUAUAAUGCAUUAAAGGUAACAUGCAAAAUAUUUUUGUAAAUUAAUUAGAUUUUUGCUACACAUACCACAAGGCAAAAAUCUGUCCCUAAGUCAUGUCAAAGAAAAGCUUACAUUGUUCUGUUGAUAAUGAUUCAUCGAAAAAAAUAACCUAUUUAUGCUACCCUUAUCCAGAAAGUAGUGAAAAGUUUUACAUGUGUCCUCUUUAUUCACAUUCUCUCCCCAAUCCUACAGAACACCACCUGCUUUCAGCUUCCUCCAAGAUCCUCUGGCACUUAAUCAUAUCUAGUACCACGUCAGACCCACAGAACCUUCCAUGUAUCUUUUCAAAGUAUUUAUCAAUUCAUCAUCAGCUAUGACAAUGUUUGAGCAAGAUUAAAAUGGUUUUAAAAAGAGAGGUUUAAAACCAUGGUUCUUAAAGUGUAAAGGAAUUUUCUGGAAAAAGAAGCAGAUGGUAUUUAUGAUAAGUUUCCGAGGGAGUAGGUUUCUCCUGAAGAUUCUCGACCCCUAAGAAAAAAUUAUUUUCUGCUAUUACAGAAGAUUAUCAUGUAAGAAUUGUCGUUAGUCAGAUAGAAAACCAGAUAGUAUUGUCCCAGGGAAAUGCAUUGAGUUGUGGGUUCUAUACACUUCAUUUAAGAAAAUUGAUUAAUUUUAUUAGUAAAUGGAGCACUUUCGAGGUCAUUUACUUGAUCGCUUAUAAGGUGAUCAUAUAUAGGAACAGAAUUUGGCCAUUUGGCCCAUCAAGUCUGCUCCGUCAUUUCAUCAUGAUUGAUCCAUUUCCCUCUCAGGCUCAAUCUCCUGCCUAUGUUUUCCGUUAAUUCAAACAUAGAUAAGGAUUUAAAGAAAGUAUAUGUGUUAUUUUAUCUUUUAAUUCCACUUUACCAAUUCUGAGAAUGAGUGCUACGGAUCUUUAAUUCCAUUUAGUCCCCAUUAUAGAAGCUGACUCUAAACAGUGGAAGUCUUGUUUUUGCAUGUUUGUUUUAAAUAUUGCUCUGCAUUCGCUGUAGUCACCCAGUCUCAAAUUUGAUUAAUUUGUAUUAGUACUUCAACAUGUUAGCACACAGAGACAAUAUUGUUUGUAUCCUGAUUCCUAGUACAGUUUAAAUUGAAAAUGAUUGCAGUGUUUUAUAAUAUUGAUUGGCUGGCAUGAGAAUUCAUGUAUAUAUAGUCUUUGUUUGUAAAUCUCCAAUCAGUACAGUAUUAAAACUGAAUCAGUAGAAGUA